AUGGAAAUUGAUUCGUCUCCUUGGUCAACCCAUCUGAAUGAACCUCCUCUAAUUUGGUUGCCAUUGAUCACGAUUGUCAAAGUCCGCAGUUACACCAGCACAAUUAUUUUACUCGUACUUACACGUAAAGAAAAAGUUGUUGGUCCGGAUCGUCACGACUCCUGUGAUUUUGUUGAGGUGAAUGUAUCUCAGCGCUGGAAAAUUGGGCAUUGUAAACGUCAUAGAAUAUGCGGUGGCCGUCUCUCGGACCAAACGCAUCUCGAAAGCGUUGAUCAUCAUAGAUACCGCCGGAUACACGAAAUCGAUGGGGAAAUAAAAGCACGUCAGGGGCUCGCGGUGGUCGACUGGACUCUGAGACAGUGGCUCAGGCGGCGUUGGCGGCGUUUCCGGCGUUGGCGUUGUUGUUGGCUCUGGAUGCGUCAGCAGCUGCGGCGCGGCGGUUUGGUGCUGUUUGAUCGUCCUGAGCCCACGUGCCAGAUUGCCAGACACAGUACACCAAGUGCAUGGUGGCCAAGACACAGAAUACCAGGUUGAUCAUAAUGCGGUUUGCCAAAGACUCACUAGACACCGUCACGUCCACUACACACCAUGAAGUAUCGCAGCGUAAUAACCGACGACGAGACGCUGCAGACCAGAGUCCGCACACGACGAUUGACGACCUUGUACCGUGGUCGAGGGUUUUCAGCGGCGGACCAACCGCGUCUGUUGUGGGUGUGUCCCGGACCCGGUGCCCACCGUCCCCCCAGCAUCCAGCCGGGGGACCCGCCGCUUCAACCCACCGAGCCGGGACGACCGAGCUACCUAUAAGAGACGCGCGUUCGACAGGAAGAGCAGGACACGCGGCCGCUGCGCCGACGUCACGGCAUCCGGCCGAAUACGCAUACGCGUGUGCUGUGCCCCCCCAAAAGUC